AGCACAGCGGCCCGGCCCUGGAGCUGCGGCGCGGGCUUGGGAGAGGGACGGACCCUCCCUCUGCGGGGGGACGUCGCGGUCCGGCCACCCGCCCAGGCCGCUCAGGACCCGGAGACCGAGCGCGGACUGAGCGGAACGUGACUGCGCUGUUUGGUUUUUCCAGCCCCGACCGCUGAGGAAGGCGCGUGCGUGGCUGUCGGAGACAUGAAUUACACGCGGUUCAUCACCGCAGCGAGCGCGGCCAGAAAGCCUUCUCCCAUCCGAACCAUGACUGAUCUAUUGAGCAGGGCGCCAAAAUCGGUCAUCUCCUUGGCUACUGGAUCACCAAAUCCAAACAUGUUCCCCUUUAAGACAGCUGUCAUCACUGUGGAAGGUGGAAAGACCAUCCAGUUUGGGGAAGAGAUGAUGAAGAGAGCACUUCAGUAUUCUCAAAGUGCUGGAAUUCCAGAGCUUUUGUCCUGGCUAAAACAGUUACAAGUAAAAUUGCAUAAUCCUCCCACCAUCCACUAUCCACCCAGUCAAGGACAAAUGGACAUGUGCGUCACAACCGGCAGUCAAGAAGGUCUUUGUAAGGUAUUUGAAAUGAUCAUUAACCCUGGAGAUAAUGUCCUCAUAAAUGAACCUAUUUAUUCAGGAACACUUCAAGCUCUGCAACCCCUGGGCUGCAACAUCAUAAGCGUUGCCAGUGAUGAACAUGGGAUUAUUCCAGACUCCCUCAGAGAAAUACUUUCCAAAUGGAAGCCAGAAGAUUCAAGGAACCCCAAGAAAAACACCCCCAAAUUUCUUUAUACUGUCCCAAAUGGCAACAACCCCUCUGGAAACUCAUUUACAAGUGACCGCAAAAAGGAUAUCUAUGAGCUUGCAAGAAAAUAUGAUUUCCUCAUAAUAGAAGAUGAUCCGUACUAUUUUCUCCAGUUUGACAAGCCCUGGGCACCAACCUUUCUUUCCAUGGAUGUUGACGGGCGUGUCAUCAGAGCCGACUCUUUUUCAAAGGUCCUUUCUGCUGGGUUGAGAAUAGGGUUUCUCACUGGUCCAAAACCCUUGAUAGAGAGAGUUGUUCUUCACACACAAGUGUCAACAUUGCACCCCAGCACUUUUAACCAGCUCAUGAUAUCACAGCUGCUACACCAGUGGGGAGAAGAGGGCUUCCUGGCUCACGUACACAGGGUUAUUGAUUUCUACAGGAACCAGAGAAAUGCAGUAUUGGCAGCUGCAGACAAGUGGUUAGGUGGUGAGUGGAACGUUCCUACUGCUGGAAUGUUUUUAUGGAUUAAAAUUAAAGGCAUUUCUGAUGUAAAACAACUGAUUGAAGAAAAAGCCAUUAAGAAAGAGGUGUUCAUGCUUCCUGGAAAUGCUUUCUACGUCGAUAGUUCAGUUCCUAGAGCUUAUAUGAGAUUGUCCUACUCUUCAGCAUCUCCAGAGCAGAUGGACGUGGUGAGUACAAUGGUCUCUCCAGAGUAA